AUGAAUCUCUUCCAGAGGGGGCUGGGAGUCCAAGCGACCAUGUUCGCUGCUCGAACGCGACCGAUAACCCCAGGAGUUCGACCGCCACUGCGCCGGGUACAACAGCCACGAAGACAACAUUCCAAGGAGACUCCCAAGCCAGAAACCGACGGCAAAAUCGUCCAAGGUAGAUCGCCAGCCUGGAAUGCUCCUGAAACCACUUUCCCUAAUAUCUUUCGCCUAUCAGGUCAACAACCCUUGAAUACCGCCUCCGCAGCCGCAGGAGCAGCAACCGCACCCACCGCCGCAACAGCGCGAUCUCGAACUUUCCGCGAUGUUAUCAAUGCGAGUCCUUUGGGGCGCUUUGGGAGGUGGUAUAGUCAGAUUCAGGAGCGAAGGCCAUACGCGACGCAGAUUUACAGCUCGAUUAUUAUCUAUCUGUGUGGCGACUUGAGUGCGCAAAUGUUUUUCCCGCCGGAAGAACCCCCCACUAAGGCUGACCUGGACGGUUCUCGGGACCUUGAUUCAGGAGAGGAUAAGAAGGAGAGGAGUCGUUGGUCUGCGUACGAUCCGUUGAGAACACUGCGACAUCUCAUUGUGGGCGCAGGUUCUAGCAUUCCGUCUUAUAACUGGUUCAUGUUCCUCCACAACAACUUCAACUUCUCCUCCAAGAUCCUCUCAGUCUUGACCAAAGUCUGCGUUCAGCAAAUCUUCUUCACCCCAGUCUUCAACACCUACUUCUUCAGCAUGCACUCUCUCCUUGCAGGUGCUACGCUAGAAGAAACCUGGGAACGCCUAAAGAAAGCUCUCCCAGUAAGCGUUACUAACAGCGUCAAGCUUUGGCCCGCAGUUACAGCGUUCAGCUUCAUGUACGUCCCUCCACAGUUCCGUAAUGUCUUUUCAGGCUGCGUUGCUGUUGGUUGGCAGACAUAUCUGAGCUGGUUGAACCAGACUGCUGCACGGGAGGUUCUGGCCGCUGAGCUUUUGGCCGAGAUUGAGGCUAGUAGGGAUAAUGUGGCUUUGCAUGCUAUGUCUGGAAAAUUGCUUUCUGCGGCGGGGUCUGCUUAG